CCCCUUCUGUGUGUAUCUUCUUGACGGUUCAAAGGUUUCUUCACCUAGCUUCACAGCCAACUCAUAAUUGCUUCAAAUUCUGUCGCUUAUAUACUCCCAUUAGUGGGUGUCUGUCCGCCUUAAAUGGUCAUACUUUCCUUUAAGAUUAUAUAGCAGCAGCUAUAAGCAAAAUCUUCGACGUUACCCAUGAGAAUUAAUCACAUAAGCAAAAAAGUAUGCUAUAUUUUUGCACCAGCCAAAACGCAAUUCUAUUGCUCACCAAAGUAGGCCACAGUUUAGAGGAGAAUACAUAUAAGAAGGUUGACCGGGACUAGCAAUUCUAUGCUUUUCCUUGGAUUAAAUAGGUGGGUCAACUCUCGUAGGCAAAGAACAACAACGCAGAUGCAAUAAUCGUUAGAAGCAAACAAUCAUGUAUGGAAUUUUCAUUAAAGCUAGAGCUAAUGUAAACGUAAAAGCCACACAACCCAAAUCAAUGUAAAUUUAGCUAAAUUAUACACUCAAAAAUUACAAAAAAAAUGUUUUAUGACAAUAUUUAUACGCUGGUGUUUGAGCUAAACUAUACUCAUACUUAGGGCUAACUAACUUAAAACUACAAUUACUGUCUACAUGCAGAACUAAAAUUAAAAGCAAACUGCGACCACUUGUUGAUGUUUCGAAUGAGAUUUAAAAAACACAAAAAAGAUCAAAAGGCAGUGAGUUAUCUUUGGCCGACAAUUUCCCAUGAAAUGCGCUUAGAGGGUUGGCUUACCAAAUCGAAAUGUAUCUUGUAGAUAACCAUAGAUCGUGCAAUAUACAGAUUAUCUACGACUAAGAACUAUUUAUGUUUGAAUCAAAAUGUUACUGCGUUUACUAUUAGUUUGUGUAUUCUCUCUAAAAUGAACUCUAUUUAAAAACAAAUAUAUAAGAACACCAAGAAAAUUAAGAUAUUUUUGUCACAAUGAAUUCUUACAAUUCAAUUCGAUCCAGGCUCACGGAAAUGCAAACUAUUUGGGUAUGUAAUGUGCACACAUUCUCAUUAAAUAGGAGUAAACAAUAUUGUGUAUUAUUAAAAAUUCUGUUCAAAAACAAACCCAACUCCAAAAACAAACAAAACAAAACAGAAAUGAAAUGUUAGUGCAAAAUAAAUGUGUAAAAUAAUGGAUUUUGUUUUAUUUCUCUAGUAGGCUGUUAUGAUAUUUCUCAAACAUUUUCCUAGAAGUGAUCAAAUAUUUAGUUAGUAAUCAAAGCUCUAUCAGCUACAUAAACUUACAAACUUAGCCAAGAGCACCUAAAGAUACAUUUACAAAACUAAAUAUGCCACCAUGUACAUUGCGCCAGAGGGGCAUGGCCUAUAUACCACGUCGGGACAAGAAUCGGGAGAAGGAUGUCCUGGCCCCGAAGCCAGUGCAUCCGCGCUCCUUGCGCUUUCAUGGAUUCUUCGGCAUGUCAUAUGUCCACCAGCAUGUGAUGGUCGAUGAACGAUGGACCCCCAACUCGCUGACGGAACAGUUCAAGGGAAUGACCGACUUGUUGACGCGUCGUUUGGUUUUCAAGAACCAUGAGUCCAAGGCCAAUCGCCUCCGGUAUUUUCGCCAGAACAAGCGUCUAAAGUUGCAAUGCCGCGAUGGACGCACCAAAUUGCAGAAUAUUCUGGUCAACGACAAUACCCAUAAAAUUCGUAACUUCCUCAUCAACCACAAGGAUAUGCAGAGGCUGUACCAGAAGAUGCCCAUUCAUCUGGUGGUCGAUAACAUAAAUCAGCGUACCUUUGUGAUGAGGAAGGAACGAGAUCGUCUGGAGUUUCGGUUGGAUCAGUUGAAACAGCACUACAAAGAACAAUUGCUGAGACGAGCUCUUCUGCAAAACCGUAUCAAGUACCAGAACGAAUUUAUUCUCGACGAGGAGCUGAAGUCACGAGUUUUCCUCAAGAAGAUAGAGAACUCGAAUGUUCGCCUAAAGGCUAUUAAGACGAUAAACAACACGUAUAAAAAGAUGAUUCAGGUGCUGGUCCAUGACGAGAUAUUUUACGAACCCAUCUUGCGCUCCCUCAGCAGUGAUAUGGAUGAUCAGUCGAACUUCAUCAAACAUAUCCUGUUCCUGGGCAUGCCGGCCAUAACGAAGUUCAAGGAGCUGAACGACGAGUUUAGGCACAUGGAGGACAAAUCCCGCAAGAAUCUGCAGUUGAAACUCCAAAUGUUGGCCUCUCUCAAGAAGCCGGCGGGUUCGAUCAAUUUCAACAAGCCCAAAGAGGCUCCUCCGACCACGAACCUAAAGCGCUAUGUUCGCGAAACACAAAGCAUGAUGAUCCUAAAACUAGAGCUUAAGGCGGUGGAGAAGACAAUCAAAGAGGUCAAGUUUGUGACACUUUGUUCUCAGGCUAAGGAAAUUUAUCCAAGAAUGAAGAGUCAGGUGGACAACAAUGAUAAACUGCAUCGCAUGAUCGUCAACGAUAUGUUGGCUCAUGAAAUGCUGGAGACCAAGAUGAAGUGCGCCAGUGUCUUGAAAGGGGUUUUGGUCAACAAUCUUUCAGAGGAGGAGAUCAAUCGCUUGGAGCGCAUUAAGGAUCUGAAAAAGAUGUUGCAAAACGAUACUCAAUUCGAACAAGAUACACUGCAGCAUCUAAAGAACAGAGCUGAUGCUUAUGUUAUGUUAAGAGUAAGUAUUUGGAACCUGCUGGAAAUUCUUCGCCAUAUUGAUCGCCAGCCCAAAUUGCUGCGAGCCCAAUAUCCAAACUCGUACCUGAAGCUGCCUUUGCUUAAAUUCGAAAUGCUAAACAUGAGGGCCGCUGCCCCAGAGAUUUUCGAGGAAAACAUUGAUAACAUAAUGCAUAUGGUGAAGCGUAAGAUCUACAAGCUGAUGAAGGCCUAUACAGUUGAGCUGAAACCAGCCACGAUCAAGCGAAAUGUCGAAGAAUACCAUGCAGAUUUCUUGACCAGUCUGGACAUGUUCGAGCCGGUGGACAAUGAAGAGCAGGCUCCAACAGCUCCCGAGGAUGAUAUCCUGCAGGAGAACAAGACUAUGGCCAAUGUGCCAAAUCGCAAACAGAUCAAGGCACAAAGUGCCAAGCUCGUGGAGGAGCUGGCCAAGCGGGAUGAAAUGUAAAUAUUUCGUUUCAGCAGUUGUUUUAAAGCUGUCUUAAAUUUUAAGUAAGUUAAAUUCUGUAAGUUAAAAAUCAAUUUCAAAUGCCUGCAAUUGCUGGGUCAACAAAAAAAAAAUAAAAAUCGUGAGUCUUGCUUUGGCGAAAUGCCG